UCAUUCAGCAGGAAAUGUGGUUAUAAACUGUAUACUUAUACUUAUUGAAAGGGCGGUGAUUUUUAGAAGCUUGAUAUACACCUGAAACUUCUUUAAUUGUUUCUAUACUCUGAGAAAUUGGUUUAAUAUUUAUUACUUAGUAACUUAUUGACAAAGUAAUCAGUCUACAAAGAUUUCUGGGUCGCUUAACAUCUUCACAACACAAUUAAUUCCAAUAGAAAUGCGAAACGUAAUAUUCGGAGUUUUAUUGUGUGCCUUAUAUGCCAAUGGAAAUAACGUAAUAGAUGAUCUUCACAAACCUCAUGGGAUAUCAUUAAUUCAAGAACUAAGUGGUCCAUCUACUGGUCCUUCAGGUUCUACAUGCAAUGACAAAGGAGUAUGUGAAAAUCAGCCUGAUGGCGCCAUGUUUCCUAAUUCUGGAUCAAAUGGUUAUAUAGUGUGUCAAUGCGAAUGUGGAAUAGCAAUGCCUUGCUCCUCUGGCUUAAUUUUUAAUUCAGUAUUUAAUGUUUGCGAUUGGCCUCCAGAUAGUACAGAUGCACCGGGAACUUCUAGCUCACCAACAGAUAUAACCACAAAAGGUACAACAUUAACGUCAUCAAGUUCGCCGUCUUCAACCCCAUCGUCUACAACUUCUGAUACAACCACUGAGGGUACAACAUCAACGCCAUUAAUUUCGUCCGCUUCAAGCCCAGCGUCAACAACCUCUGAUAUAACCACUGAGGAUACAACAUCAACGCCAUCAAGCUCGUCCGCUUCAAGCCCAGCGUCAACAACCUCUGAUAUAACCACAAAAGGUACAACAUCAACACCAUCAAGUUCGUCGUCUUCAACACUAUCGUCAACUACCUCUGAUAUAACCACUGAGGGUACAACAUCAACGCCAUCAAGUUCGUCGUCUUCAAUCCCAUCGUCCACGACGUCUGAUAUAACCACUGAAUCCACAUCUACCAYAUUAAGUGGCUCAGCGACUGGGCCUUCUGGUACUACAUGCAACAAUAAAGGAGUAUGUGAAAAUCAGCCUGAUGGCGCCAUGUUUCCUGAUUCUGGAUCAAAUGGUUACAUAGUUUGUCAGUGUGAAUGUGGAAUCCAAAGGCCAUGCCCUUUGGGCUUAGUUUUUAAUUCAAUACUUAAUGUUUGCGAUUGGCCAAGUUCUGCCUAAUGUUCCUCUGUCCUAAACAAGCAGCAUUACAGAACGAUGAUUAUAUUAACAGAUUAAAGCUAUAACUCUGAUAUUGCCCAACAUUUA